AUGGACGUUUCUCUGUACAAGUCACUCAAAAGAAACUUGCCAUAUUCACCAUCUACUGUAAUUUGUUUUCCAGCUCCUAGCGGAGCUGCUGGACCAAAUUUACGGCAGAGACAAGGCUCUCAAGCACGUGUUUUCAGGAGGUGGAUGGCCACUACGAGACCAAUUCUCAAAAUGUCCCUACUUUGUCAAAAGAUGUCUGCGUUUUCCUUAGGGAGCUAUGGGUGGCCAGUAAUGGGCGAGACUGUCGAGUAUCUCAAAGACAUGCAUGCAUUCGCCCUAGAGCGCAUGAGCAAGCAUGGAAAUGUCUUCAAGUCCCACAUAUUUGGCUUCAAGACCGUCGUUGUCUGCAGCACAGAGGCGCUGAAUGAGAUCUCUCGACUUGAAGCAGCUGGAUCCAUCGUCACAUGGCCGAUGAUGCCAGGUCUGAAGGUUUUUGGCGAGGGGAACUUGGCGGUCCUUAAUGGUGAUGAACAUGCCAACAUGAGGAAGCUUCUGCACUCAGUCUUCUCAAGAGGGAGUGUGUUAUCAUCUGUGCCAUUCAUCUUCAACACUGCCAAAGAAAUUUGUGCCGAAUUUGAAGGCCAGGAGCAUUUUUCCAUGGCCGAGCUGGCAAGGAAGUAUGCCUUUAAGGUGAGCACAAAAUCUUUUCUUGGUAUGGAAUUCCCAUCAAGGGUGGACAACGAAGUUAUCCAAAUCCUGGAGGUGCUUGGCGAGGGUGUUUUCACUUUGGGAAUCGACCUGCCGCUCACAAAAUUUCAUAGAGCCAUGAAGAGCCGUUGUGAAAUGAUUGAUGUCAUCAAAGAGUCCCUCAAAGCAAUGGAUUCGAUUUCCCCUGAAGAUGGCCGACCUGCCACAGCUCUGGAACAGAUGCUGGAUGCGAGAGACGAAGGCGGCAAUGGACUCGAAAUGGAGGCACUCAUCAACACCAUCAUCCUGCUCGUUUAUGGGGGGUAUGAAACUACCAGUGCAACAAUGGAGUGCAUUCUGCGCAAGCUGGCGCUGAAUCCCAAGGCUUGGGACAGACUGCGUGAGGAACAGCACCGAGUUGUGGAAAUUUAUGGUGACGACAUCACCUGUGAGUCAUUGGAAGCCAUGGUUUAUGCUCGGGCAGUCGUGAAGGAAGGGCUCAGGGUGCAAACCGCGUUGCCAUUCUCUUACAAAUGGGCCAAGGAGAGUUUCGAACUCGAAGGCUACAGAAUUCCAGCCAACUGGCAGGUCGUUUGCGGUUCCGGCUUCAUCACACAACACUUAUGUGGCAGCGACAGCUGGAAUGACCAUGAUGCAUACCGGCCCGAGCGGUUCUUGGACCCACGAACAGACAAGUUGAGCUCAUUCCGGCCGUUUGGGCAUGGACGCCACAUAUGCCUGGGCAAGGAGCUGGCAUUGACAGAGCUGUGGGUCAUGCUGGCGUUGCUUGCACGGCGCUAUGAGGUCACACUCAAGAAUUUGCAUGCCCAUAUAAAGCCAUACCCAACGCCACAUGCUGAGGACGGCUGCAUGGCCACAUUGCGAGAGCUUCACGCUGCAUGGUCCUGA